AUGGUGAUUUAUUCUAUCGUCCUUGUCGAUUUGAAAGUCAGACGCUGCUCCAACACCACCAAAGUUCACUUGCUGAGGUUUUGGGAGGCCAGAAAUGUGAGGAAAGGCGGUGAGUUCAUGAGUCUAGAUAUGCUCCUCAUCAACAAGAAGUCCACAGUUAUUCAAGGUUCUGUUAAUGUGAACCGUCAAUUCAUAUUUAGGGAACGUCUCAAGGAAUGGUCAGUUUACAGGUUGAGCGGAUUUGAUGUAACACGCAGCAACCCCAAUUUUCGGAUGUUGGAUGCCCCUUUCUCCCUUCGGUUCAAUAAUAAAACCUCUUUAGUUAAGAAAACAACAUUUAUUAGGCCCAUAUCUACUGAACUUUUCAGAUUUCUGACCUAG